GCCACCCUGAAAAAUGCAUCUUCCCCACUCUCCUGGGUGAGCUGUUUAGGCAGCUAUGUUGCUAGUGCCUCUGCUGGUAGGGAACAGAGCCAGAUGCACCCAUGGCCAUGUGAUAGGGCCACAGGGAGGGGAAGAUCUGAGCUGUCCCAGCUACCAAAAGGGGAGGUGAGACAGCCUUCUUAUUCAUUUAUUUAUUUAUUUAUUUAUUUUUUGCAGUUUUUGGCCGGGGCUGGGUUUGAAUCCACCACCUCUGGUAUAUGGGGCCAGCACCCUACUUCUUUGAGCCACAGGCACCGCCCAUCAGGAUUUGAGACAGCCUUUUGAGUACUGAGGUUAAGGUGAAAGUGAAAGAAAAGCUGCAGAAAGCGGGCAGCACCUCUGAGGAAGGGUGAAGGCGAAAGUGAAAGCAGGAAGAAAGGACGUGGAGCCCUGCAAAGGCUGAGUCGGAGGCCUUUUAUGCUCCCCUCAAGCCUAUUCGUCUGACCUGACCCCCGACCCCUUAUUGACUCUGCCAGCCCGGACAUGCUGAAGCUAGCGAUGGAGCCCCGAGGGGGCUUCUCCUUCGAGAAUUGCCAGAGAAAUGCAUCACUGGAACGCGUCCUCCCGGGACUCAGGGUCCCUCACGCACGCAAGACGGGGACUACCAUCGCGGGUCUUGUGUUCCGAGACGGGGUCAUCCUGGGUGCGGAUACGCGGGCCACUAACGAUUCGGUCGUGGCGGACAAAAACUGCGAGAAGAUCCACUUCAUCGCCCCUAAAAUCUACUGCUGUGGGGCUGGAGUGGCCGCGGACGCCGAGAUGACCACACGGAUGGUAGCAUCCAACAUGGAGCUACACGCGUUAUCCACGGGUCGCGAGCCCCGCGUAGCUACGGUCACCCGCAUCCUGCGCCAGACGCUUUUCCGGUACCAGGGCCAUGUGGGUGCGUCGCUGAUCGUUGGCGGCGUAGAUGUGGCCGGACCGCAGCUCUAUGGCGUGCACCCCCAUGGGUCCUACAGCCGUCUGCCCUUCACGGCCCUUGGCUCAGGCCAGGACGCGGCCCUGGCGGUGCUGGAGGAUCGGUACCAGCCGAACAUGACGCUGGAGGCUGCACAAGGACUGCUGGUGGAAGCCAUCACCGCAGGGAUCCUGGGUGACCUGGGCUCUGGGGGCAGUGUGGAUGCAUGUGUGAUCACCGGGACUGGUGCCAAGAUGCUGCGGACACUGAGCUCACCCACGGAGCCCAUAAAGAGGCCUGGACAGUACCACUUUGUGCCUGGAACCACAGCUGUCCUGACCCAUACAGUGAAGCCACUAGACCUGGAGCUACUGGAAGAAACUGUGCAAGCUAUGGAGGUGGAGUAAAGUAGGCUGAGGCUCACAGCUUGGAACAAGGGGGAAUAAACCCAGCAAUACA